AUUGACUGUCGAUAUGGAACUCUCUUUUUGUGUUUUUUGAGUCAGGUCCUGGUUAAAGCCAUAAGCUGAAAUGCAUCGGUGUGUGUAUAUAUAUCGCACUACAAGAAUCUUUAUUCCCAAAUAUAUCGGUAAAGGCUUUUUAAAAAAAAUCCUCUAUCUGUCGGUUUAUUGUGCUGUGUGUUACGGUUUGUUGCAUAAUCAGACGUAUUUCAGUUUCUUCCUGUGUGUCAGUUGUUUCUGUUUUUGUCCCUGUGCAGGUCAGUGGAUUUCUGUACAAGCAGAACCUGAGAUUUGAUCAGUAACGUGUGAGACAGAUGGAUGGAUAUGUUCUGCAGUUCACAUGCUGUAGUUAUAAGGUGUAAUAAGAGGCUGUGUGUGCUCCUAGGUUUUUUUUUCUUCCAUCAAGACAGAUUCUUUGUCGGUUGAGAGUUGAGCUCCAAGUUGGCUGACGUGUGAAGAUUCCCUCAUCCUUGUUCUAAAAAAGAAAUGUGUUUGAGUCAAGUCCAUGGAUGUCGUUCCACUCUUCUCGUCCAAUCCCAUUCUUUUUGCUGUGUUUGGAGGUUGACGACAACAUGUGGACAGUGAUGUAUUCCAGCUUUUAAUCAAGGCAGUGUUUUGCUCUUUAAUCAUGAAUUUGCUGUAUUGAUUAUUCUGGUUUUUUGGCUGUUUUUGAAGGUGGUUAUUUUCUGUAUCCUAUCAGCUCUAUUUUGUUUCUUGGCUUAUUUGAGUGCAAACUUCUGCCUCAGUCGAACCUUUUCACCUCUCUCUGGAUACUCUGGUUGCUUCUGACACUAUUAGCUGUGGUCGUUUCCUCUCCUGCUGUGUUUUAUCUUCUUUCUGCUGUUGAUGUUUCUCUCAAGGCUGUCUGCAGGUUGACAACCCAGAAGUAACAUCACAAGUGAAUGUCCAGGUUGGAAAUUCAUAAAAAGUUAAUCUUAAAGAAAGAAGCAUUAGGAGAACUGACCGUCAACAUCAUUGGUGUUUGGCAUCCUCGUGUGGUGGGCUGCAGGUAGCUGCCUCACACCCAAGUCUACCAAGAAAUGUCAGAGUUCAGUGAGAUCUCCAUUUAGAAAUAUGAUGCCCGACAGUCCUGGAUCAGGGUUAGUUAGAGGAAAGAGCCUGAAGAUGUGUCUGAAGAUCCAGAGGUUUGUGGAAGCAGCGAGCGGUGCUCCAUUGGCUAUUUCUCCGUUUGGACAACAUGGUUUAUCAGUGUUGCUCUGCACCUUACUUCUGUUUGCUUUCUCUUCUGAUCAGCUGCUGUCUUUGGUGCUGUGCUGUCAAUCAGUUGCUGAUGUUGCUCUGGAUUACAUAAUGCUAAUGUCGCUCUGGUUGAUAUAAUGCUAAUGUUGCUCUGGUUUACAUGCACCCGACAUUGCUUUUGUUAAAAUGUUGGUGACAUUGCUCUCAUUGCUCUGGUUGGUACGUUACUGCUGUUGCUCAUGAUGUUUUUUUUGUCAAUGUAUAACAGAUUUGCAGGUUGACAUGUUGCUUGUGUGACGUUCUAAAACCAGUUGCUGAAGUUCUGCCGGCUGAUUUGUUGCUGUUUGAGGAUUCAGGAAGCAGAAGGUUCAGUACUGCUCACCUGUUUGUUGCUGGUUACCUGGGUUGUUACUUGGUUGCAGUUCAGCAUGUCCAGUCUUAAGUUGACUAUUUGUUCUGAUGACCAAUUGAGUGUAGUUUGAUAUUUGGGGUUUGCUGCCAGGCUUUAGUCAUGAUGGAUCUUGGUUUUGGACAGGUGUGUCUUUUGGUAGGAAAUCUGCUGCACUAAUUUCGGAAGAGUUUUUUCUGCCGAUUAGUUUUAUGUCUUUUAGGGCUGUUGAGAUUCUUGAGUGUGGUAGUUUUUAUCAGUGUCGUGUUGAGCGUAAAGACAACCUUUUAGGAGUAAGGCUGCAAUCCUACACCAUACAAUGCUUCGUUAAAACUGAGUGAGUCAGUUAUUCACACCUUCCAACUGCUGAAAAACGCCAACACUUCAAGUAUAUUCUGUAAAAAGUUGAAUUCCAACAAACUGUUUUGAAAGGAAUGUUUUUUUAUCUGACCUUUUCACCAGGUUUCAGCAUCCUGCAGAAAUCCUGUCUAUUAAACAGUGAAACUAUACACACAGCCUAGUUGCAUUGGUUGUAGGGCUGUUGUUUAGCAGUCAGUAUGGCAGUAGUCAUCAGGCUGCAGGGUCUGCCCAUAGUGGCCGGCACCAUGGACAUCAGACACUUCUUCUCUGGCCUAACCAUCCCUGACGGGGGAGUGCACAUCGUGGGGGGUGAGCAUGGCGAAGCUUUCAUUGUCUUCGCCACUGACGAAGACGCUCGGCUGGGGAUGAUGCGUACAGGCGGGUCCAUCAAGGGCUCCAAAGUCUCGCUGUUGCUUAGCAGCAAGACAGAGAUGCAGAACAUGAUUGAACUCAGCCGCCGUAGGUUUGAGGCUGGGGCGGGCGCUGUGGAGACGGCUACUCCUGCAGCAGGAAAUGUUAAUCGACAAGCAGGAAAUGCCCCCAUACCCACAGUGCAGCAAGGGGGAGGAGGGAGAAGCAGUGGCCAUGGAAACCAUGGAAACCAAGGUUUUGUUAAUACCCCAGUCUCAGUGACGGCAGCAAGCUCAUCUCAGGAGCCAAGCAACAAGGCAGUGGUCAGUGUCAUGCCCAGCUUCCCCAACAGUUACAGCUCCGCCCCCACAAUCACCGCAGCUCUCGCAUCACUCAAUGCAGGCCCCCCACCCAUCCCUCCACUUCCCAGCAUGCCUUCCAUGCCUCCAAUGCCCACGCUGCCCACCAUACCAGUUCCUCUCCCAGUGUCCUCCCUUCCCCCCGUACCUACAGUCUCCCCCAUGUCCCAAGGACUUUCAGUGUCUCAUAUGUCCCACCUCUCCCACAUGUCCUCCAUGCCUCCCUUCAACCCCUCCCUCCCUCCCCCAGGAGGAAUGGGUUCAGGCCUCCCUCUUGGAACCCCCAACCCCAUGCUUUUCAACCCUCUCUCCCCUCUUGCCUCUCUGGGCCUCCAGGCUCACAUGAAGGCCGCUGCUGCUGCAGCGGCCGGAGCUGGAAUGGCCCAUCCUGAUGAGUUGUUCGUUCUCCUGCAGAACCUCCCUUUCUCCUGCUCAGAAAUGGAGGUCAGGGAGUUUUUUCGGGGUCUGGGGGUGGAAGGGGCUCGCUUGCUGAGGGACGGGCAGGGUCGGCCAACUGGCAGGGCUAUGGUCAAGUUCUUCUCGCCCCAAGACAGCUUUGAAGCUGUGAAGAGGGGAGGUGGCAUGAUGGGCCAAAGGUUCAUUGAGAUCACGCCAGGCUCUGAGCGACAGUGGGCCAGCCUCAAUGACGGCAUGAUAAGUCAUGCUCCUCACAAUAGCGGCAAAACAAAUAACAUCAACGAAUCACAGGAUCAGCAUCAUCGCCGUGGUAAUGCUAUGGCAGGAGGCCGAGAACAGCGAGGAAGGUCACGAUCUCCACACCGGCAGGAAUUCUGUGUCUACCUGAAGGGCCUGCCCUAUGAAGCUGACAAGAAACAGAUAAAGGAGUUCUUUACUAAUCUGUCUAUCAUGGAGGACAGCGUCUACAUUGCAUAUGGGCCUAAUGGACGAGCCACGGGAGAGGGAUUCCUCGAGUUCAGAGCAGAACAAGACUACAAGACUGCUUUGAGUGCUCACAUGCAGUAUAUGGGCACCCGCUUCAUCCAGGUCCACCCAAUCAGCCGCAAGGGAAUGCUUGAAAAAAUAGACACCAUUCGCAAACGUGAAUCGUCACAGGGUGAUGGCAAGAACCAGGAUGGCUUGAAAGUUCCCAGGAACUGUGCCCAUAUUACUAACAUCCCUUACAAUGUCUCCAAGAAGGAUGUCCGUGCCUUUCUGGAGGGUGUGGGGCUUUAUGAGGACACCCUUAAGGUUUUGACAGAUGUCCAUGGUAACGGUUUAGGGCAAGCUAUCUUUCAGCUGCGGACUGAGGAAGACGCCCGCAAGGCUGAAAGACUUCACCGCCAAAAACUCAAUGGCCGCGAUGCCUUCGUCCACCUGGUGACAUUUGAUCAGAUGAAGGAAAUUGAGAGAAAUCCUCCUCCUCAGAACAAGAGGGGCCAACGCAACCAGAACCAGCAGAACCUAAAUCAGAACCAGCACCAGCAAUCCCAGCCCAGUCCCCAGCAACCGCAGAUCAACCCAUUUGCGGGGAUUAGUGGAGAGGAAUUUAACUUUCUCCGAAACACCAUGGGAAACCUCAAUAAUGCCCCCUUUGUGACUCCAUUCUCAGCCCCAGGGAAUGGGCUCGCAGGCCCUCCUCCUCUCCCUCCUCUGGCAGCAGGGCUGGGUGAAGUGAAUCUGGGCUUGGCUCCCCCACUAGUUGCCGGUCUUCCUGGAGCUCCAAUCCUGGAGCCACCGGGCUUUCGACCCGGAGCAGCAGGAGGUGCUCCUUUCAGCCAGGAUGGGCUGAGAGGGUUGGUGCCCUUUGACAAUGCAAACAGAAAAGGAAACGGAGGAGGACAGACCAGAGGCGGAGGGGCGAACAACAACCAAGGCCGUCCUGGGGGAGGAGCUACUGGUGGUCAGCAGGUGUUCACUCCAGGAACCGAAGGACUCCGUAACCAGCCAGCCCCAGGAGGAUCUAACAAUCCCAACAGUCAACGUGGUGCUCCUGGCCCGACCAUUGUAAAGCUUCAGAACAUGCCGUUCACUGUCACCGUGGACGAGAUCAUGGACUUCUUCUAUGGCUACCAGGUGCUGCCAGGCUCCGCCUGCCUGCAGUUCAGUGAGAAAGGCCUUCCAACAGGCGAGGCCAUGGUGGCGUUCCAAAUCCACGAGGAGGCCGCUGCCGCUGUUAUGGACCUCAAUGACCGACCUAUUGGAGCACGCAAAGUCAAGAUAAGCCUGGGUUAAAGCCUGACUAAAACAGACGAUGCAACAUGUUUUACCUACCUGGAUCAACUCUCCAGGUGAAACAAAACCAACAUGAAUAUUGCAGGAUUCUGGACUCUAACUCAACUACAGCUCAGUUUAGACAUGGCCCUGCCGGUGUCAAUCACUGAAGCUCCUAUCCCUGUGUGUGGAUAAUGACAGCUAAGACCCCCCUCCCCCAGCGAGUCGCCAAGUUGGAAGACUGAUCCAGACUUUGCUCUUUUCUGCAGCUCGUCUUCUGACUCUUGUAGCACAACUGAUGAACGAUGAUGAUGUUGGCAGGAUUUUGGUCCUUUCUUACCUUGGUCCUAAUGCAGUCAUGUCCAGAGUCGACACACUGAACAUAUUCACCUGUUCUGUUGUUACGGUAACAUGAUCAUAAUGAGGUUGACAAACAUUGUUUGUUGCUGUAUGCGCUUAAAUGUGCCGCCGUGGUUCAAAAUGUAAAUGCUCUUUUUCUAUGGUAAUAUCUUAACAUGUUUGUUGCUGUUGUAAAAAUGGUGAUGAAAAGCCACAGUAUGAGGCUAUGAUGGAAUGUGUAUGCUCUGUUGAUAUGGUCAAAUGUGUUGCCAUGGUAAUAGCUUCACAACGCUCUGUUGCUACGUUAAAAUCUUCACACACUCUGUUGCUAUGGUAAAUUCUUCACAUGCUCUGUUGCUAUGGUAAACCAUGCUGUAGAUGAAAAGCUUUACUACCACAGUGUGUGGUUCUCUGUUGCUAUGCUAAAAUCUUCACAUGCUCUGUUGCUAUGGUAAACCAUGCUGUAGAUGAAACACUUUCUCUGUUGCCAUGAUAAAAUCUUCACAUGCUCUGUUGCUAUCGUAAAAUUAGGAUUAAAUGCUAUGUUGCCACGGUCAAAUGUUGCUCUUGAUUUGGUACAAAAAGUAUACCAACAUAAAUUCUGUUGCUUUGGUGAAAUGUUGACACAAUUCUGACUUGCGACACUGCUCUGUUGUUCUAUAGAAGAUGUGGGACAGAUUGCUGACAUGUUUUGUAAAUAAGUACUUUUGGCCGCUGAAUCUUUUUCCUCUGUCCCGUUUUUCUGAUGUUGCUGUGUUUUGAACAAUGACACCUUCUCACCCUCCCCUCCUGCAGCACACGCUCAAUGGGCGUUUGGACUGUUGAGUGCUGAGAUGAACUCUGUAGAGAUUGUUUUUAGUUUGGUAGCUUUUUGUUUGUAUGUUUUGGAUGCUUCCACCGUAAAGCUAAUUUUUGUUUCUAUUGUCAGAGUGAACAAAGUUGUAUGAUCGUAUAUAACCAUACAUGAUGUGGAGUCUCCUUUUGCUUUGGCUAAUAAAAGGACAUUCCUGAUACA